AAACCAAAAAACAAAAAACAGAAGCUACAGUCACCUGAUCAUUUUACUUCAGGAAUUGAAGGUGUUCGCUUGGGUUUUCACAUAAAACUUCGAAGCAGGUUGUCUCUAUGGAUCGCUCUCUUUUUCGCAAUUUGCUUUUUGAUGACUCAGAUGAGGAUGAGAUAAUAAGGCGAAUUCUUAAGGAUUCAACAUCACCACGUAAACGUCGUUGGUAUAUCGAACGUGAUUGUUUGGCAAGCCAUAAAAGACUUUAUUUCGAACGUGGAUUGCAUCUAGAUACAAGCAUGGCGCAGCGAGGGCGCAGUGACAUGAAUCUCAAGGGUUCUAGAAGUAAGAAGAAAAAAAUGGUUGACAAUAGUAAUUGGAGGCCAUGGUCAGAGCUCCCUGUGGGUUUGCUUGAUCAGAUAACGAAGUCACUAGGUGCUGUAGGCCAUCUAAUGUUUGGCUGCGUCUGCAGAAGAUGGAGGUUGUAUGCUGUAGCGCACAGGCAAGAGUUUAUGAUAUCCCAACCUCCACUUGUUGUCUUCUUAUCAGAUCACGCUCAGAGAGCUUGUUACUUCUAUGACAUCUUUGAUCAAAGGUUGUACAAGGCAGCAUUGCCUAACCUUGUUGGCAAAUCAAUUUCUGGGUUAACUUGUGGGUACAUGAUCAUGAAAGAUAAGAAAGAAAGGAAAGAUUCUCCAAUUUGGCUUCUGAAUCCUUUUACAAGACAUGAACUCCGUUUUCCUUGCCCUCCUAAGCCUUAUUCUGCUAUCAUCCUUGCAUCUUUAGGUACACCUUCCCAGGAGUUCAUUAUUGUAGCUAUUAACCAAUUUAUACAAUUUUGUAGAUCCACAGAUGUCAGUUGGACUGUCCAUGAUUUGAAUGACACUUUUUUUAGCAGUUCUACAGACUGUUCUGGGCAACGAUGGUUUGAAGAUGGAGUUGUGUUCAAGGGUAAGAUAUACGUUUUAACUAAUCUUGGUGAAAUUGGGGUACUAAAUCUGAAUUCUCAUCCUUAUGUGACCCUGCUGGAAGUAAAACGCAUUGGAGAAUGGAGUUUUAGAAUAAAGUUGCUUGCUUUUGAUGACAAGCUCUUAAUGAUUCAUAGAUUUGAGUCAUUUGACUCAUUUCUGUGGAAAUUUGAAGUUUAUGAGCUAAAUUUUGCGAAGAUGAAAUGGGUGAAGAUGCAAAACUUGAAAGAUGAAGCUUUGUUUCUAAGUCUUAGGACCUCAGGAUAUAGCAACGUAACCAAAUGGAGUGGUAGCCAACAACCUAUGAAUUGCAUUUACAAUCUUUUAGUGGGAAAAUACGAAUACACCUUACAAUUAUUGGAUGGUAAUUUCUCAAACUUUCCCAAAUCUUUCCCCCUCCUGAAAGAAGAAUGUGAUACUUGCUUUGCAUUAGAGUUAGAAGUUCCAAGGUGCAGAAUAUCUCUCCCAGGUGCUAACUUCAAUACUUUAUCCUGGUAUUUUCCAAAUCUGUCUUGCAACGUGGACGCUCUCUCUGAUAACUACUUAACUAGUUAAGAUUUCUCAUUGUUCAUGAUGCUGUCUCUUAUGACUAGUUAGAAUUACAUGUUGAUCAUGUACCCUGCUUCAUCAAUCAUUUUGGCAAGGCUUGAAGCUUAUAUGUAUUUUGUUGCUUUUCAUUUC